AUGCACCACAGCGUCGCCCCCGCCGUGUCUGUGGCCUCCUUAUUCCGUGACCGUCCCUCAUGGGCCUUGCAGGUCUAUUUUCUUACACGGAUGCCAUCCAACGUACGACACAUGCUGAAGCGCGAGAUCGAGAUCCACUUACACCUCGUAUACAAGCACGUGGCCCGCCUAUACGCUGCGUUCUUGGACAAGAGUGACCGGGUGGUGCUCGUCCAGGAAUAUGCGGCGCAGGGCGACCUGUACGAAAUUCUGCAGCAGAUCGGCGGCCGCAUGCCGCACGAACAGGUUGCUGACGGUGUGAUGCGGCCCUUCCUGGAGGCCCUGUCCUACCUUCACUCCAGGGGAGUCUGCCACCGGGAUAUUAAGCCCGAAAACAUUCUGCUUUCUCAGAACUGGCGGCUGCUGUUGGCGGAUUUCGGCGUCAGCAUCGACCUGAACCAGGAGCGAGCCGUCACCCGUGCCGGCACUGAGGGCUACAUGGCGCCCGAGGUGGAGCGAUGCCCCCUCAAGCAUGCGCCGCAUGAGAACAAGGACGACCCCAGAUACGCCUACUCAACAGCAGUGGAUAUUUGGGCCGGCGGCGUUCUGGCGUACGAGCUUAUGGUGGGCUUUCCGCCGGUAGUGAAGUCCUCCCCAAGCACCGCGGCCGCUUCCUCAGCUGACAAACGCAGCGUUCCGGACGGCGAUUCCGUCAGUGGCUUCGUCCGCAGCCAGAUGACCCCUGCCUCGCUGCACUUCCCCGCCUCAGUGCCGCCCGCCGCACGUGACUUCGUGAUUGCGGCGCUGGCGCCAGAUCCCCUGGAGCGACCCACCGCGGCGCAGCUCCUGAGACACCCAUGGCUGCAGCCCAAGGCGGAUGAUGUGGAGGCAGACUAG